AGAGCCUCAGUUCGUUGACGGUCGUGUAUUCGUGUGUUCCAAACAGUCCUGGGAUUAAAAGGCCAUAAAAUGAACAUUCUUAGCCAGACCCUCCUGAUGGUUUUACCCGCCCUUGCCCUAGCCAGUUUGUGCGAUGAGCCCGUAACCCCAAAUAAUUUGGUCCCUCGAACCAACCUAUACCAGAGCCAGAAGAACUUUGCUGUGUCCAUGCUGGAUGCUAUUAGCAAACGGACUCCAAGCGGAAAUUUGUUCUUUUCUCCGUACAGCACGUACAACGCACUGCUCCUUGCCUAUUUCGGUUCCUCCGGGGAGACGGAGAAGGAGCUUGUAAGGGUGCUACAUCUGGACUGGGCCAGCUCCAAGGAGAUGGUGCGCAGUGCCUACAUGGUGGAGAAAAAGCUCCUUGCGUCCCGUUUGCGUAAAAAUCCGCUGGAAUUCUCCUCAGUGGGCCGAAUUUUCUACGCCAAGGAUCUUGAGCUGGGGGAAUGCCUAAAGGAUCGCCUCUUUAACGAGUACGCAGCAGUUAACUUUCAAGGACAGCCGGACGAAUCGCGCAAAGAAAUUAACGCCUGGAUUGCUAACCAGACCCACAACCAGAUCCGUGACAUGCUGAGCGAGGAUGACAUUACAUCGCGCACGCGAGUGGUCUUGGCCGAUGCAGCCUAUUUGAAGGGUCAGUGGGUCAGCAAAUUUAAGAUGGAGAAGACAUCUCAGCAACGGUUUUAUACUACCGCAUCCGACUUUUCAAUGGUGCCUAUGAUGAAGCAAAAUGGUACCUUCUUGCUGAUGCUGGACGAAAACCUAGACGCCAAAGUUCUGCAGAUGCCUUUCCGCACCUCCUACGAGACAAAUGGGAAGCCCAAGUCCGACAUCUCAAUGGUGCUCAUUCUGCCUUCAACAUCCUUGGAUAAUGUGGUGUCGAAAUUGAACCCCGAGACUCUGCGACAGGCCUUAAACUUCGCUAUGCCGCGGCAACUCGAGCUGUCUGUGCCCAAGUUUGAGUUCGAGCAGCGCUUGGAAUUGAUUCCGAUCCUUAGCGGAAUGGGACUGACCAAGACCUUCACCCCGGCUGGAACCUUCAAAGAUUUAACGUCUGAGGGUAUUGUUUUCGACGACGCCCAGCAGGUGGCCAAGAUCAAGGUCGACGAGGAGGGCAGCACAGCGGCGGCGGCCACCAUUCUUUUUUCUAGCCGUUCAGCGCGUCCGGUGGAGUCUGAGACGUUCGAGUGCAACCAUCCUUUCCUGUUCCUCAUCUACGAUGAGACCAAUGAGUCAAUCCUGUUCACGGGCAUCUACCGCGAUCCCAAAACCAUGAAGGCGUAAGUCUUGGGUAAAUUUUUUUGUUUCGAGUCUACAGUUAAUAAAUUCUUGUAUGUAAAUCGUGUCUUAUACUAAAAGACACUUCAACGCAAUAAAAACAGCGUAUUGUCACUAUACGUUUUUUAAAGUUCUA